AUGACUGUCGUUCAUUACUACAGAGUUCCAGGAUUGAGCGAGGGUGCAACAUCAGUUAAAUUGGAUUCGAUAAAAGAAAUAUGUAGCGAUGCUCAAGAACUUAUAACCGAAUCUUGUUUUAAUGUUCAAUUAAAGGAAAAACUAUCAGGCGAAGAUGAAAAAAAAUUAAAAUGGAUUUUGGGAUCUCCUCACAAUCCGGAAACUCUUAAAACUUCAACAUUUUUAGAUUCUAAUAAAGGAGAUGUUAUUGAAAUCGGACCUAGAUUAAAUUUUUCAACGGCUUUUUCAAGUAAUGCCGUUUCAAUUUGUCAAUCAGUUGGUCUUGUUGGUAUCGAACGUCUCGAAUUAUCCAUUCGUUAUCAGGUUAUAUAUCGGAAACCUCCUACUCAAACCCAAAAAAAAAAAGUUGUUAAUGCUCUUCACGAUAGAAUGACACAAACUCCUUAUGAAAAACCCUUAACCAGUUUCGAUUUAGGAAUAAAACCGGAAAAAUGGUUUGAAAUUGAUAUAAUGGGACAAGGAAGAAAAGCUUUGGAAACUGUCAAUCAAAAAUUAGGUUUGGCUUUCGACGAUUGGGAUUUGAAUUAUUAUACCGAAUUGUUUCAAAGAAAAUUAAAAAGAAAUCCAACGAGCGUUGAAUGUUUUGAUUUGGCUCAAUCAAAUAGCGAACAUAGUCGCCAUUGGUUUUUUAAAGGACGAAUGGUACUCGAUGGAGUUGAAGAAAAAGAUUCCCUCAUUGACAUGAUAAUAAACACGCAGAAUUUUUCUAAUAACAAUAACGUGAUUAAGUUUAGUGAUAACAGCAGUGCCAUCGAGGGUUUUACUAUUCAGAAAUUUAGACCACAAACAACAGUGAAAGCAGCACCUUUUACUCUUAUCAAUGGAAAAUGUCACUUAAUUUUCACUGCUGAAACUCAUAAUUUUCCGACUGGGGUUGCACCUUUUAGUGGAGCAACCACCGGAACUGGUGGCCGUUUGCGUGAUGUACAAUGCGUUGGUAGAGGAGGUUACUACAUAGCUGGUACUGCUGGUUACAGCGUUGGUAAUCUUUAUAUACCAGGAUACGAUUUGCCUUGGGAAGACAAAACUUUAAAAUAUCCAGAUAAUUUCGCAAGUCCAUUGGAAAUAAUUGUGGAAGCGAGUAAUGGAGCUUCAGACUAUGGAAAUAAAUUUGGAGAACCCGUUAUUAGUGGUUUCGCUAGAUCGUUCGGCCUUAAACUUAAAAAUGAAAGAAGAGAAUGGAUUAAACCAAUUAUGUUCAGUGGAGGUCUUGGAACGAUGGAAGACAAUAUGAUUACGAAAAUGUCACCGGAAAAAGGAAUGCAGGUAGUUAAAGUUGGUGGACCCGUAUAUCGAAUCGGUGUAGGAGGAGGAGCUGCUAGUUCCGUAGAAGUUCAAGGUGAUAACGAAGCCGAAUUAGAUUUUGGAGCCGUUCAAAGAGGUGAUGCGGAAAUGGAACAAAAACUUAAUCGGGUGAUAAGAGGCUGCAUGGAAUUGGGAAAAAUGAAUCCAAUAUUAAGUAUUCACGAUCAAGGCGCAGGUGGCAACGGUAACGUCCUCAAAGAACUCGUCGAGCCCGUUGGCGCCGUCAUAUUCACAAAAAAAUUUACUCUUGGCGAUCCUAGCAUAAGCGCUUUAGAACUUUGGGGUGCCGAAUAUCAAGAAAGCAAUGCUCUUCUGUGUAGAGAAGAAGAUGCGCCUCUUUUACAAACAAUAGCUGAUAGAGAAAGGUGUCCUAUAGAUUUUGUCGGUGUCGUAACCGGAACCGGAAAGGUAGUCUUAUCCGAAGAAGAAACGUUUAAUGUUUCAAAAUAUAUGGACGGUUCUUGGGAGCGUGAAAACAAAAGACAUCCAGUAGAUUUAGAUUUGGAAUUGGUCUUGGGAAAGAUGCCUCGAAAGGUAAAAUACAAGGUAUUUUGUUUUACUUUGGUAAAUAAUAUUUUCAAAACACAUCAAAAAUUUAUUUUUAGGUCGCUAAAUAGGGUUUUACGAUUACCAUCAGUAGCGAGUAAAAGAUAUUUAACUAAUAAAGUAGAUAGAUGCGUAACUGGAUUAAUCGCUCAACAACAAUGUGUGGGACCUCUGCAUACUCCUUUAGCUGAUGUUGCGGUUACUGCCGAGGGUAUAGCUACUUCGAUUGGAGAACAACCAAUUAAAGGACUUUUGUGUCCUAAAGCUGGUGCUCGAAUGACCGUUGCUGAAGCUCUCACCAAUUUAGUUUUUGCCAAAAUUUCAAAUUUAAAAGAUGUCAAAUGCUCAGGAAAUUGGAUGUGGGCUGCAAAAUUACCCGGAGAAGGAGCAGCUUUAGUACAAGCAUGCAAAGCGAUGUGCGAAGUUAUGAAAAAACUAGGAAUUGCUGUGGAUGGUGGCAAAGACUCAUUGAGUAUGGCAGCUCGUGUCGAGAGUGAAACAGUUAAAGCCCCAGGAACUUUGGUCAUUUCGACUUACGCUCCGUGUCCCGACAUAAGAAACGUUAUAACCCCUGAUUUAAAAGUUUCAACGAAUUCCAUGUUGCUUUUUGUCGAUUUAUCUGGCGGAAUGUCUCGUCUUGGAGGAUCAGCUUUAGCUCAAUGUUACGGACAACUUGGAAGUGAAGUUUCAGAUUUAGAUAAUCCGGAACUUUUAAAAUCUGCUUUCAACGUCACUCAAAAACUUAUCCAAGAAAACAAAUUGUUGUCGGGGCAUGAUAUCAGUGACGGUGGUUUAAUAACUACCCUAUUAGAAAUGAGUUUCGGGGGUGUAAUUGGAAUUGAUGUAAACGUCACUCAUAAAACUACCGAUCCGAUAUCGACAUUAUUCGCCGAAGAAGUUGGUUGGGUACUGGAAGUUGAUAACGAAAAUAAUGGCUACGUAUUAAAUGAAUUUAAAAUGGCGAACGUUCCUUGUUACGUAGUAGGACGUACUUGUGGUUUCGGAAUGAAUUCACCGAUUGUCGUCAGGGUAAAUAACAAACAAGUUCUUUCGAGCAAAGUCUAUGACAUGUAUAAAAUAUGGGAAGAAACAAGUUACCGACUCGAACUUCGUCAAGCCUCACCGAAAUGUGUUCAAGAAGAAUUUAACGGUUUGAAACAUCGUAAAGGACCAAUAUACAAAUUGUCUUUUGAUCCUUCGUCUCCUCUAAAACCAUCGACACCGAGGGUAGCCGUUAUAAGAGAAGAAGGAUCGAAUGGAGAUCGUGAAAUGGCGGCUUCUUUAUUUCAAGCCGGUUUUGAAGUUUGGGAUGUUACAAUGCAAGAUUUAUUAAAUAAGACUGUUACUGUCGAUUAUUUUAGAGGAAUUAUUUUCCCAGGUGGAUUCAGUUACGCGGAUGUUAUGGGUUCUGCAAAAGGAUGGGCAGCAAGUUUAUUAUUUCAUCCAAAUCUGAAAGCUCAAUUUAAAGCUUUUGCCGGUAGGAGCGACACGUUCAGUUUAGGUGUUUGUAAUGGCUGUCAAUUAAUGUCACUGCUUGGUUGGAUUGGAAUCAGAUCGCAAGAUGAAGACAAAGGAUUAUCUCAACCUGAUCCCGAAAUCGUAUUGGAUCAUAAUCUUUCUGAAAGAUUUGAAUGCAGGUUUACAUCAGUGAAAUUUAUGGAAAGCCCUGCCAUCAUGCUCAAAGGCAUGGCAGGAAGCGUAUUUGGAGUGUGGGUGGCUCAUGGUGAAGGACGUUUUACGAUGAAAAAUGAAAAAGUUUUUAAUGAACUAUUGAGGAAAAAUGCAUUGGCAAUAAGAUAUGUUGAUGAUAAUGGUGAACCCACUGAAGUUUAUCCAAUGAAUCCUAACGGAUCUAAAUUAGGUGUGGCUGGAAUUUGUUCAUUAGAUGGACGUCAUUUGGCAAUGAUGCCUCAUCCUGAAAGAUGUACUCAACUCUGGCAAUGGCCUGUUUUACCAAACGAAUUUAAAAACUUAACAGCAUCACCCUGGUUAAGAAUUUUCCAAAAUGCUUUCGCUUGGUGCCAUGAAAAUCAAAAUUAA